AUGGCUGAAGAAGAGCAUUUUGAUGCAUCUGCAUCAGCAUCCGAACCAGUUGGAUAUCCAGGAGGACCAUAUGAUACGUCUCUGUUAGUUAAGUACGAACAACAUAUUGCAUACCGUAUAUGGUUCGGUCAGAGAGGGGCGAAGAAAGAAUUAAAGGUGGCUGGACAUGGGUUGAAGUUGGCUCAGAGGGUUCCAAUACAGCUACCUAGAGAGAUGGAGAGAUGA